AGGCACCGAGUCGUCUGGCAAGACAGUGGGCUCCGAGUCAACAGGCACGACAGUGGGCACCGGGUCAUCAGGUAUCGGAUUGUCUGGCUCGACAGCGGGCAUCGGGUCACCAGGUAUGACAGCGGGCACUGGGUCACCAGGCAUCAGGUCAUUUGGCUUGCCAGCGGGCACCGCGUCAUCUGGCAAGGCAGUGGCACCGGGUCACCAGGUAUGACAGCGGGCUCUGAGUCAAUUGGCACGACAGCGGGCACUGGAUCAGGUACCGGAUCAUCUGGAUCAACAGCGGGCAUCGAGUCAACUGGCCUAAUAGGAUCGUCGGGCUGGAUCAGAGAGGCAUCCGGCUGAGGAGAGGCAUCCGGCUGAGGAGAGGCAUCCGGCUGAAGAGAGGCAUCCGGCUGAAGAGAGGCAUCCGGCUGAGGAGAGGCAUCAGGCUGAGUAGAGGCAUCAGGCUGAGUAGAGGCAUCAGGCUGAGUAGAGGCAUCAGGCUGAGUAGAGGCUUCCG